AUGUACGAUCCUGCCAUUCAUUUGACAAACGAAGAAUACCUGGCCAAAAAUACCACCACAAAAAAAAUUGAUGUACAAGCAGAAAUAGAAGAGCUUCAUUUGUACAUGAUUGGAAUGUGUGGCAGUUCAGAUACUGACCAGGUGCUUUCCAUAACAACAAGAAGAGAAUGUCUAAGAGAUCUGUCAAAAGAAGUUCAGAUUCAAGAUGGCGAAAUUAAGGAUACAAUGAGAUUUAUGAAUGGAGAUAAUCCAAGCGUUGAGUUUGAAGAUGGAACUCAGAAAGGUGACCAUCGGGGUUGUGUUGGCUGUGAUGGAGAAAUGAGUAAUUCCUUCGACUUUGAGUAA